AUGAUUCAAGUGCCCUCAGCAUCUCAAACGUCGGAGGUCAUGUCGUCCGGCACGACAAACUUCGUGUACAAACCCCUGAGCCAGGAUGAGAUUCGAGUAUUGCUCCUCCUCCCCGGUGACCUUGGCAGCCCUCUCCGUGCUCAGAUCACACACCGGCAUUUCGAUCCGUCAGUCUCUCCUCCAGAGUAUGAAGCAAUGUCCUAUGUCUGGGGAGAGUUGGGAGAAACAGCCACUUUGCACAUCUUGAACGACGAUUUGAAUGAUAUCGGCACGAUCCAGAUCCGACAGAAUCUAGCGUCGGCUCUCAGGCAUAUCCGUCAUCACACCAAUGAUGGACACAUGUUACAAACCCGUAGUCUCUGGUGCGAUGCGGUAUGCAUCAAUCAGAGCAACCUCACUGAGCGGGCAGCUCAGGUACAGCGUAUGGGCGCCAUCUACCGCCACGCUCACGCUGAAGACGAAGAUGUGCCUCGAGCGAUGAACAUCCUAAGAAACUUCGCCCCAGACUUUGACCGACAACUCACUGUAGCCGACUGGCGGUCCUUGAUCACCCUCCUCGCCGAUGCCUGGUUCAGGAGGGUGUGGAUUCGCCAAGAAAUCUGGCUAGCCAACAACUCAGCUCUCUUCCAGAGCGGCGACUGCGAGCUCAGCUGGGAUGGGUUCUGCAACGGCUUGAAGCACCUGCGAAGUUACACCGUGGACCACCAACCUGCCCUUGACGAAGAGUCGCAGGGCUACUUUCGAGAGAUCCUGGAAACAGCCUGCGAUGUGGCUCUCUCCAAGCCCAGAGUCAACUCUUUCCUGUACAUGCUCGUCAUGACUCGGCAUUGCGAGUGCGAGGACGAACGAGACAGGGUGUAUGGUCUCCUCGGCCUACAGGACUUGCUCCAAAUCCACCCAGACUACUCCGAGACGAAGAGCGCCAGGGAUGUCUACUUCGACUAUACGGAGAACUAUCUGAGGACAGUUUCGAUCGCCAACAUCCUCUCCAUGUGCGAGAUGGCGGAUAACCCGAGCUGGGUACCCGACCUCACGGUCCCGGUGCCUUCGCUUGGUGUCUACGGCAUCGGCUCAGCCAGCAGCAAUACCAAGACAGUGUACAGCAUCUCAGCUGAUCGAAAGCUGACAAUUGCGGUGACGCACGUUGGGACUAUUGCUCGAAAGACGUCUUCGAUGCCCCCUCGACCCAGCCUGAAGGAUGUGCAAAGAACAUUUGCGUCCUGGGUGGCUGAUUCAUUCCCACAGGGUAUCCAAGCUCACGAUGGCGCUACAGUCGACGACAUGGUUGCCACCAUUGCGCGUGGCCAUCUCAAGGAGGACAUUGCCUUCGACGACACCAGCUUGGAACUCUGGCAGCUGAGGGACAUCCUCCUCAGCGGUGUUCCGGGGCAUUCGCCACAACAGUCAUCAGACCUCGAAGUUGCUUCCCGGUCUCGCGCUGUGGACCUGUUAUCCAAGAGCAUGACAGGUAUGCAGCUUGCGAGAACCACAUCAGGCAAGUUCGCCCUAGGUACCGGCGCAGCUCGCCAGGGUGACGAGAUCUUCGUGGUUCUGGGGUGCAACAUGCCCAUCAUCAUGAGGCCUGUCGGCAAUUCGAAGUACAGGAUUGUCGGGGCAUGUUUUAUGCACAGUCUUAUGCGCUUUGAGGGGCUUCUCGGACCGCUGCCAGAGGGGUGGAAGAUGAUCUACAAGACCUUCAGCAGACCGGUCUUCGUCCACCCCAGCGGCAUGAUCACGAUCAAUGAUCCGCAGCUAGAAGAGCUGCCUGAUGGUUGGGAUCAGAAGUCAGAACAAACGGGGAGGCUGCUGUGGAGAUAUGGCGGGGAGGGCGAUUGGGAGUGGUUUGAUCCGAGAAUGGCGCCCGACCGUCUGAGGGCUCGAGGGUCAAGGCUCGUAGACUUGACGAUUGUCUAA